CGCCACUGCAAGGCAGAGCUCCGACCUGUGAAGUCUGAACUCGGGGCAAAUCGCGGGGAAGUAGUUUGUCACGGUCAGCCACGUGUCGUUUUUUUGUUGACGUUUGGCGUCGUGCACCUGGAACGCCUUUACGUCGGACGUCGGACCUUUUAACUUAAACCCGACCUCCAACAUUGAACGGAACGCAGCAUUAGCGCGUACUCAAACUGUCCAUGUUUUUAUUCUGAAAAGUCGAACCGGAAACGGUUUUGCGGCGCGGUGUCCUGGGUCUUCCUGGGUCAUAAACUAACCACCGUGGAACCACGUUUUGGGGCAUUUAAUCAUGUCUCGGUUUAAAAGAGGGGGUAAAACGGAUUCGUUGUCCGGGUUCAGGGCGGACACACAGCCCACAGUUCCGGCCGGGCUGCUGAAGGCGGCGAGGAAGAGCGGUCAGCUCAACCUGACGGGACGCGGGCUGACAGAGGUCCCUCAGAAUGUGUAUCGUCUGAACAUUGACACACCAGAAGAAGCUAAUCAGAAUCUGUCGUUUGGAGGAUCCGAUCGCUGGUGGGAACAAACUGACCUUGUUAAACUGCUGCUGGCAUCCAAUCAGCUGACAACACUUUCUGAAGACAUCAGACUACUGCCUGGACUCACUACACUUGAUCUUCAUGACAACCAACUGAGCACUUUACCCAGUUCUCUGGAAGAACUGAAGCAGCUACAGCAACUACGACUCAGUCACAACCAGCUGAGUGUGUUACCUGUGGAAGUGUGCAGCCUGAAGAACCUUCACACUCUGACGCUCCAGAAGAACCUUCUUGAAACACUGCCUGAAGAGCUGGGACAACUGGACAAUCUGACAGAGCUGGACUUGUCCAAUAACUGUCUGGUGACCAUUCCCUCCACCCUGGGGCAUCUAAUUUGUCUGCAGAGACUGGACCUAUCUCACAACCGGCUCACUUCUCUCCCUGACAGUCUAGCACAGCUGGCCAGUGUGAAGCAGCUUGACUGCAGCAACAACCAGUUAAAUGAUAUGCCAGCUAGCCUCUCACAGAUGUCAAGUCUGGAGCAGCUCUUCCUCAGACACAACAAGCUCUGCCACCUCCCAAAACUCCAAGCCCCAAACCUAAAGGAGCUAUAUGUUGGUAACAACCAAAUCGAGGGGUUGGAAGAGGAGCAGUUGGCAAGUCUGGUGGCGAUUUCUCUUCUGGAACUGCGAGACAACAAGAUUAAAAUACUUCCUGACCGGAUCACUCUACUGAGCACACUCACACGCAUUGACCUCACCAACAACGACAUCGCCAUUCUUCCAGCUUCUUUAAGCUUGCUACCAAAUCUGAAGACGUUAAUGUUGGAGGGGAACCCACUAAGAGGAAUCAGAAGAGAUCUGCUUACUAAGAGCACAAGUGAGCUGCUGAAGUACCUCCGAGGCAGGAUCAGAGAAGAGCCAGGCAAAGUAGAUGAGGUUCCCACGGCCAUGACUCUACCCAGCCAGGCCAGAGUGAACACACACAACAUCGGUGUUCUCAAGAGACUUGACUACAGUGAGAAACAAGCGCAGGAUGUUCCAGAUGAGUUGUUUGAUGCUGCAGCAGGAGAAGCCAUUACCACCAUCAACUUCAGCAAGAACCAGCUGGCCACCCUACCCAGCAGCUCCGGCCAGGGCCGUGGUCCCUGGGCCCACAGGAUGCAGCAGACCAAGCUCUCCCAGCCAUCAAACGAAGACAAACUUAGACGCAGACAUGGACAAAGAUGCUGCAUGGACGAUACUGGACUUGUCAUGUUUCAGUCUUCAGUGUCGGAGUUGAAUCUUGGUUUUAACAGACUGACCUGCUGUUCUCCUGAAAUCUGCAUGUUACUGCAACUAACACACCUAGACUUCAGGAACAACAAGCUGGAUGAGCUGCCAUCUGACAUGAAGAACCUGACCAGACUGCGGUCCGUUGUGCUCAGUAGUAACAGGUUCAAGUAUUUCCCUGAUGUUCUGUAUCAGGUAGUUUCCCUGGAGACGGUGUUGCUCAGUGACAAUCAGGUGGGCGGGAUAGACCCUUGCCGUUUAAGGCAACUGGUCAAUCUCUCAACUCUGGAUCUCUCAAACAAUGACCUGCUAAACAUACCUCCUGAGCUGGGACUGUGUACCAACCUAAGGUGUCUUAGUCUACAAGGGAACCCCUUCCGGGCUCCAAGAGCAGCCAUCGUUGCCAAGGGAACAGAUGCUGUGUUGGAAUAUUUGCGCAGCCGCAUUCCCACAUAACCCUUCUCCUCACGUGACCCGUGAGCUGCCACUGCUCCAAGAUCCGUCAUCAGAACAAAUGGAUGGCGACAUCCUUAUCAAGGAAAUCAGCAGUGAAGGACCAGCGCUGAGAACAAAACUGUUGUUGUCACCUACUGUUGUUGGUCCAACAUUCAAUAAACAUGCCAAAUCCCAGAGGACAACGCACACAAUGUGAAACUGCCACCCGCAGCAGCCGGUUUGUUCUGACACAAUCUUACACACCAGGCUGCUUCAGUAAGUUCAUCAAAAACCCGAGGCAACAGUCUCCUGCUCAAACCUGACUCAAUAUGUUUGCAAAGAAAUGUUGAUUUUCAUCAGCUUGACAUGUUAUAACUGAUUUUCAUCACAGCUUGACAUGUUAUAACUGGGAAAUAAAAAUGUUGGGUUUUCAUCACAGCUUGACAUGUGAUAACUGGGAAAUAAAAAUGUUGGUUUUCAUCACAUAGCUUGAGAUGUUAUAACUGAUUUUCAUCACAGCUUGAGAUGUUAUUAACUGAUUUUCAUCACAGCUUGACAUGUUAUAACCGGGAAAUAAAAAUGUUGGUUUUCAUCACAGCUUGACAUGUUAUAACUGGGAAAUAAAAAUGUUGGU